AUACCAUAUCGCCACGCAAAAUAUCGCGAUACUAUGCUGUAUCGAUUUUUUCCCCCACCCCUAGUAUCCGCCCUGUGCUUGGCAUCUACUCCGAAAUGUAUUGGGUUCUUCCUUGGCCCGUGCUACACCCUUCCACCAAGUUUCAUGCAAAUCAGGCCAGCGCUGGCGGAGGUAACAAUUUCAUCAUGUGUGUACUGUGUAAUCAUGCACACAUACAAACACACACACACACACACACACACACAGUCACUGAUGCACUCCCAAACAUGAAAAUAAUGAAAUACAUAUCGCUCUCAGUGAUCGCUCUCAAGUCUUAUUGUGAGCUCAGGGUGAAUUAUAGCGGGGUUUCUUCUGUGUGUUCGCUGCGAGGAAAGAUGAGAAAGAUAAGGUGGAUAAUGAAAGCAACCAAGCGUCUUCUGUGCUGAGAUGGUAAACUAAUUGUUUAAUCAAUUUGGUGUCUAGAAAUCACUACCCGUCUCGCAGUGCAGCUUCAGGACCGACUCUGCAGUCAGCGUUCGUUUUUGGCAGGUUGUUGUGUGUUUAUUUUCAGGGGCAGAUUUGGCAGCAGGGAUGGCUUGACGUGCAUCUGUGUGUGUGUGUCUGCCAGGCUGAUUGUGGGAACCAAUCCAAGGUGGGCUGUUCUUCUGUUGUGGGAGGGGGGGGCAGCUGCCGACCCGUUGCCUACUCUGCCCUCAUGACAGAUGCGCCCUGCUGCUGUAGAGUUCCAGCCUCUGUAAUUUGAUUGCUGUGUCUUUGUAGCUGUUGUGUGUGUCUAUGAAGACGUGUGUGUCUGCAGACAAUAUCUUUCAUCAUUGACCGUCAUAAUGUUCGUGGUGCACCGGGAGGAGGGGGUAGUCAAUGAAAACGGCCAGGGCUCAAACGCAGUGUGUGCAUGCCAAAUGUAUUUGUGUGUGUGCUGGUGAACGUGCACAUGUGCAUGCAUUUUAAGCGACGUGGGUUUAAUUAAUGAUGUGUGUGUGUGUGUGUGUGUGUAUGUGUGUGUGUGUACGUGUGUGUGUGUGUGUGUGUGUGUGUGUGCGUGUGGGAGGCCUGUGGUUCUAUGCUUAUAGAGAUGGGGUGGGUAAUGGCAUGGAGCCAUGCUGCUCUCCUCCCCUCUCCUCUCUUAUCAGGCCAAAGAGAGAGAGAGGGAGGGAUGGACGAGAGGAGCAGAGUGGUAGGUGGAUGUGGUGGAGAGGUGGGGCAGUGUGCGAGGGGAGAGGGAAAUGCCAGCUGCAGUGGUAAGAAGGUAGAAAAAAAAGUGUAAGGUGGACAGUGUGUGUCUGUAUGUCUGUGAUGAGUGGGUGGAAGGUGGUGAGGCAUAAGGAAGAAAAAGGACAGAAGAAUAUAUAUGUACAUAUAUUAUGUUCUUUCACGCUUGGAAGUGGGGUUACAAACAGUGAAUAACAGCCACUUGAAAUGCACCGAGAUAAGGUUUUAAAAGCCAACUGAAUCAAAUUGGAAUCCUUUAAACUCAAUAUGAACUGAAUUUGUUUCUUUCUACUGACAUAGCUAAGAAAUAUGGGAAAGUUCAAAUGUUUUAACAGGUUGUGCAGAGCCAUACAGGAAGAGAGAGUGUAUCCAGGAGGAAACUGUCGAAAAUUGCACAAAACCAAACUGAGCUGCUUUUAACCUGAAAAGGUAAUUAUUUGGACUAGUGCCUUAAAAAGCUGCACUAAUCAAUAUUUGUAUACUUGCCACAGAUUAAAUGUCCAAAGAGUCACUCGUAGUGAUGAUGCUUUGUUUGGUCCCUCUCCAUAAAACUAAAGUGUCCCAACUAUUCAGUGAUUGGAGGAGUUGUUUAAAUAAUUAAAUAAUAAUCUAAUCCCUCUUAAAUUUUAGCUUAAGUUGAUAAACACAAAUUUAAAUUAUAGUGAAAAUGUAUAGUUAGAUUAUACUCUCAACAGCUUAACAAGCCUGAGUGGGUCCAUCUAAUGCAUAUGCGAAUGAGUGCAGAGCGCUGAUAAGUGAGAGAUAAAUCUCUCCUCUCUGCUAUCAGCACGUCCACACCGUCAGAGGUAUGGGGGUGUCUACAUGUCGGAGCAUGUGACACCUUCAGGGAAGGGAAAGAAGCAGAAAUAAUUAAGCUACACAAAACUUGACAUGGUGGUCACGCAUGAUGCGUUUCAUUACUUUUGAAUUCUAACUGGAUAUCGGGAAUCAGGAAGAGUUUGUGCAUGUGCGUGAGCUGAUGUUCACAGCGCGUGACAACAGAUUGAUCUGUGGUUGCAAAGCAGCAAUGAAGGCCUUAUCGACGGCACCAUGCAGAGCGCGCGUUAACUGUUUGAUUGCAUUUCUCGUACCAAGCGGUGUGCAUUUAUGAGUUGUUGUCUGUUUCUGGAUUCAUUUGUCUGCCUCCUCCCGUGUGAGCUGUGCAUGAAUCCAUGGAUUUGUGGGCGGGUCCUCAUGGACUGUCUGCGUACCUCCAUGACUGUAAUGCCUGUAAUGCCUGUGUAUAUAAAUGCCUGGGCACUCACGUCAAAUUGCACACUGUAUAGAGAAUACUUAAGCAGGUCCAUUACUCACUGUCUGAAAACCAAUACUUCUGUUGAGUGUCACCAUGGAGACAAUAUGCCAUCCUCCAGAUAGUAAUCAAUGCCUCAUAGGAGAUAUGAUUUGCUUACAUAAUAUUAAAAUGUUCACCACUACUUUACCAUUUCCUGGUAAAGUAGUGCUCAGCUCUUUCCUCUGGCAACCACUGACAAAAAAACAGCCAGAGCUGAUUCUGAGUAUUUGUAUUAUUUCUGUGCAUAUUAUUUUGAGAUUAUAGUAACAUAUUGACCCAAAUGAGGCCGAACAUUGCUGAGCCAUUUGCUCUCUCAGCUCCUCCUCUGCAAAAGGCUCACUAAUGUUUUAUAAAUCCAGCGACUUUUCAACAGAAUUGCCACCAAUUAGGCUGAAGAGCUGACAGGGGACAGUACAUUAGGACACAUGUAACACUCACUUUGUUAAAGGGUUUCUUUUAAUAUCCUCACUUGUCACUUUUGGUGAAAGGUAUAAUUAAUACUGUAUGUAGCCACAUUUUCAGGCUGCACACCCUGCUUAUUAGCUGGGGGUUACACCGCCACAGGGAUCGAAAUGCAGAAAAAAUUCACAGUUUGGUUCUCCUCUGCUUUUUGUUUGAGUUCCUUUACUCUCCUGUCAGGCAGACCUUUAACUGUUGCAGCACAGUUUUGGGGUCCUAAUGAGCUAUGAGCAUGGACCCUCGAGGCUCAAACAGCAAGUGUUUUUGUGUGAGCGUGAGUGUGUGUGUGUGUGUGUGUGUGUGUGUGCAUGGCUGCAGGCUGUCUGACCUUAGAGCAGCAUGUACUGACCUGUCUGUGGUAAUGGCUCCACAGGAAGAAACUGAGAAUGCAGUUAUUUCUGUAGCACCAUGACAUCCUGCAUGUGGUUGGCACAUGCUCACAGUCCGCAGAGACAUGCAGGCAGCACACAUGCCGCUGCUGAUGGUGACAUCUGGAUAUAGUUAUCGACUCUCUGGACCUUCCGGUCACUAAUUACUGUGUUGUGUAAGGAGGCCUGCACAGACUCACAGUGUGUAUCAAGGUGUGUGUGUGUGUGUGUGAGAACAUGUGCGUAUGUGUGCUGGCUGUGACUAGGUUACUGCUGAAUGGAUUUCAUUUUAAUGGGCAUCCAUGUCCGGUUAACAAUAAAGGGUGCGUUUGAUCAUUAUACAGAGAAUCACCAGCACUAUGCUGAACACAUUAGAAAUUUGGGAAGUGAGAAGAAGAUCGGUAAAGAACAGCUGGUUAAUAAAUGGAGGAUUUAGGUUAAAAGAAAAAAAGGGUGAAAAUAUAGAUGUAAUGACAGAGAGGGGAUUAGAAAAGAGGUCAGGACUGUGAUGACUGCCAGUCUGAAUUAUAAACGAGAUGGACAGAGUGAAGCUCCUUCAUAUAACGAUUUAUUUUCAGCGAGUGCCUGAGGUGUAACUGUGUCUGCAUCAUAUUCAACCGAAAGCUUGCUCCUUCACACAUCUUGUGAAAGCAUCACUUCUCUCUGCGUGCCACUGUAACACUUAUCGUGGGCCUGCAGGUCAUUUUCACAGACAGGUUUGUCAAUUUGAGAACAACUGAGUGCUCUUUCUCACCAUGUCAACACUUCAGCCACUCCAGCCAACCACAACAGAGAUCUGUCCGCUCUGUGGUCCGCUGUAUUCAGCGACAAUGGAGGGAGAAGACGCAAAUAUUGAUACAUUUACUGCAUCUAUUGAUUUUUUGCAAUCCCAAAAAAGACAUUUUUGUAUUUUAUCAUUUUUUGCACCUCAGCUGGAGUGUUGGUGACGUUUGUCUGACUACUUCGGCUUAUGAAAUCAACUCCAAAUAUGAAGGGACAGUUAGUUCCUUAAUUGAGACACUUUAGAGUCUUUCACAAGAGCUGUACAUUUGAGACUUGAACGUGACUCAGACAGGCUUGAGGCUUUAACUGGACUUCACUGCUGUGAGACUUGCCUUACAGAACUGACUUUAAAGCAUUCAAAACAAAGUCCUUGGCAAUUCACAAGUCUGAAAGAGCCUACGCGCUGCUAUCUCCUCAGCAACAUGCUCACUUAAUGGCUUUGACAAUGAUCUUUAACAGGUAUAAGGAUUAUAUGUUCACCAUUUUAGGCCAGUUAGCAUGGUAAGAUUUGAAAAAGUAGAGCUGAGAGUUAUUGGAAUUUUUCGGUUUAGAAGGUAUUUGGUCAUAAACCAAAGCAUUGGACCAAUUAUCUUUUUGGACCCAAUGAUGGCACUCUUAAGAUAAGUGAGGGGAUCAGCAACGUUAUAACAGUUCAUCCGAAGGGGAACAUGAAAGUCUGCAUCAAAUUUCAUGGAAACACGUUCAACAGUUGUGAAGACAUUUUAUUCAAAAUAAUAAAGAAAAUGUCAACCUCAUGGUGACACAAAAGAGAAAGUCAUUGGAUCACCAAGGGUUCAUCCUCUGGGAGCCAUGAAUAUCUGUAACAAUUAUAGCAAUCCAUUCAAUGUUUGUUGAGAUAUUUUAACCUUGUGUUGGACUGAUAAACAGACCGAGAUUGCCGUCCAUAGAGCCAUGCAGGGUAAACAUAUAUAAGAAGCCGUCAGGCAGACCUUGCAUAGCCCCAUGUGUUGAAUAUUUAAUUGUUUGACCAAUGGAUUGAAUGUAAUGGUUUGAGCUUUAUAUAAAUACAAAUAUUAACAGCUUUGAAAGAAAAAUGAUCAUUUCAAUAGUCAGUUCGCAACAUGGAUCUGGAUUGAAACAUCUGAAUAUCUGGAUCUAUUUUAAAUAUUUCUGCAGGUGACUCCUCUCAGCAGUGUGUAACCACUGUUUGGUUGUCAUGGGGAAAGAGUGGGUGGACUUCACUUCCACUUCUCCGACUACCUCCAACCUGCUAUGUGCUGCUCAGUGUGAACCCUGGAAGAAGGGAGUUCAAAGCCCAUCAUCACACACGGCACAGAGAGAUGUGAAGAUGACUGAGAUGAACCUUUCUAUAAACCUUUACUUCAGGCCUCUACUUUGUAAAACACACACGCAUCAAUUCUUCAUCAUAUCUCAUCUCCAGAUGCCUUGUCUUCUUGGUGUCACACCCCCUUUCCACUCUCUUCCUGGAGGGGGUUGUUUUUGUGUCACGCAUAGCACCUAUGUAUAUCUGCUAUAGCCAGCAGCAGCAGGGACAGCAGAUGAGUACGGCCAUUGGCUUCUUCCCCUCUCACUGGCCCUCCCCUCGCCCAACACAAUGGGACCGAUUGUCCAUGCGACACACACUCACACACAGAGGGGGCUUUACUCUGGGGCUGAGUGCCGCUCCCCCGCCAUAUGCCCCAUCUCCGCUGGAAUGUGAUUAUCUUCACUCGCCAUAGAGAAGGAAUGAGGAAAGGGUAAUAGUAGAUGGAUAGCAUCUGAGGAGGCAAGACGGGAGGUUGAGUGAAAGGGCGAGUCAGUCUGUCACUGAGCGUGCAAGUGUGUGUGUGUGUGAGAGAGAGAGAGAGGGAAGGAAGGGAGGACGCAACCAAUGCAGCGAGGCAGCAGUUUAACACAAGCCUGAACCUGACAGUGCGAGAGAGAGAGAGAGAGAGAGAGAGGACAGAGAGAGGAGGGAGAGGUCUUUUCACUUCAGUGUAGCAGUGGAUUUUAAUUCUUCCACUGGACUCCACCUUGCUGCUCUCACCGGACUCAAGCUCCACUCAGGUUAGUGCCUCUCUCCUUUUUUUUUAGACCGGCUUACCAGUCAGCACCGGAGCCAUCGAGUGCACAAUGCAGCCGUGGGGGCGUUGGGUUAAAAGAGCUGGAAAUAUGGGUGGUUCAUGACCACAGAGAUGCCGAAAAUCCAUUUGCUAUGCUGCACAGACACACGUCGCCUGCUGAGGCUGAUGGUUAACAAAGAGGGGAGCACACAUCUGUGGCAGCAGUGUUUCUGUGUGUGUGUGUGUGUGUGUGUAUGUGUGAACUAUACGGUGUGUGUGUAAUAGAGAGCUGUGGGUACUCUAAGCAGUGGGAGCUGUAUUAGCUGGAGGGCACUAUUCAUUUUCUUUAAGGCGUUGUUUACUAAGCCUCUCAGCUGCAGGCUGUCUCAAGAUAUUCACAUCUGCAACUCACACACACACACACACACACACACACGCACAUGUUCGUGCAUGUAGAGGCUACUGGUGCUGAUUUCAGUUAACUGUGUUUACCAUGAUUGGCGUAAUCGACCUCAGCUAUCUACAGUGAGCUGUGGGGAAAUUUGCAAAAGUGUGUGUGUAUGUGUGUGUAUAUUGUGUCUUGGUGUUCUUGAACCGUCUGCAAACUAUGAUUUAAAGUCACCUUGUCAUUACAGCUGCAAAACAAUCGCUUGAUGAUAGACGCAACCCUGACUGCUUGUAGUCGCUGCACCCUAUCCUGCUUCCUAACAGCAUGAAAGGAAAAUUGCUUCGUAAAUUGUAGUUACAAAAUGAUAAAUUGUUGCAAUGAUAAUUCUUAUUAUCGGACAAAUAAAAGGGAAGAUUUGCCUCGUGCUUUUUUCUCUUUAGGCUCGAUAUCCCGACUCCAUCUCCCCGUCGUGUGCACUCAAUGGAAGUCAUUUGGCGAGCUAUCUCUGCAGUUGAAACCAUUAACUUUAUCUGCAGCAAUAUAUUUUCUGUAGUGCUCGUGCUUCCUCCGCUCUCUGAGCUUAGGUUCCCAUACAGGCGGGCGGUGGCAGGGGUGUUAUCCUGCUGUUAGUGCUGCGAUGGAGCCAACCGUUCAGCGGCCCGUAAACUAUGAGGCUCCUCGCUGGGUCUGUGGGAUAUCAACCGAGGGUCUUCUCCAGGAUCAAGCUGGUCCCCGCAACAAAUCCGAGAGCUCAGGUGGAAACAAAGAGAGGUUAAGAAGACGAGAGGCCUCUGUGGCUCAAAUAAAAAUCAGUGACGGGGAUUUUAAAGGGAGACUCGUCUGUAAAAGUUGUCAUGUAGUGCUGGGGUUUGGUGUUGUCAAGAUUGAUUGCUCCCCAGACUUCUCUAUCUGUCACAUUGCUAGUUUUCAUCACAGCAAAUGAAUCAAGGGCCAGUAUGUGAGCCAGUGAGCCUGGAUUGCAGCUCUACUCUAACAUGUUUUCAUAAACAGACCCUGGUGGACGUUGGCAAAAGGCAGAUUUUUAGGUUUGAUGACUUCCAACAUGUCCUUUUCAUCACCUUGCUCUUCACUCCCUGUUGGCGGAUGAAGUGGAAAUGGGAUAAAUAACUGAGUAACAGAGGUUGAAGUCUUAGCUCGCAGUAUCACUGCUCAGGGGGAAGGGAACCUAUCAUAAAGGCGGCAGGGGCCAGGUACGUGAUGUGAACAAAAAUGGGAUUAAAAAGGAGAGCGCUUGAUUCUAAAGAGAAGCUAAAAGGAGGAAGGAGUGCUAACAGCCUCAUCACAAUGAAUACUAAUGUCCACACAAACAUUACAGUCUGGUUCUAAGAACGAAAGCUCACUUCCUCACAGUAUGACUUGCAUUUAUUACCAGGUAUUUGUGUAUAAGUGUGUCUGUAAGCAAAAUAUAAAUCCCCCCCCCCUCCAGCCUAGUAUCUGAAUCAGCAACUGCAGCUUAAUCACCGUGGGAUUGAUCCUCCUCACCUUCCCUGCUUCCUUUCUCUCCCUUUACCUCUUGGAAUAGUCUGUUCAUCUUCUUUCUCCAAAUGCCAAAGUAAAAAAAUGCUGUGUCAUUUUUGCACACGCAUCACUGGUUCGGUUUGUGGCAGCCAAACAUCUGCUCAUUUUGUCCCCUCUGCGCACAGGGGUUUGUCUUUCUGCUGAGCCUCCCAUGACACAGACCAGAAAUGCUGAUACAGUUUGACACUUAAUCUCACCAGUGUCAGAUUAAAUGCUCCGUGUGCGUGUGUGUGUAUGUGUGUGUGUGUGUGUGUGUGCGUGUGUGUGUGAAUUCAGAGAAAGAGGAAAGAAGGUGACUCACUGUGAGUUUAAAUGUGGAGAGAUCAUGUCUUGAGAGAAUAUUUUUGACAAUCAUGGUGACAGAAAUGAGGAAGCAUGGAUAUAAUUUGAGUUCAAGCGUGAACUGUUAAAGAGGAAGUUUGAGUCAUUUGAAAUAUUAGUUUCUCUCUUUCUCUCUCUGCCUCAUUAGGGCCCCAAACUUGGCUGCAGGCCCGCUUUCGGGAUUGCAAUGUUUUCUGUGCAUUCCAGCUCCGCGCUGAGAAUAUGGGCACCAGUGCCUCCGGUCAGAGGGGUUCAUUCAUACCGAGUACAAUGAUCCUGUUUGAGCCACAAGUUUUUACCCACGCUGUUUGAUUGGCAUUAUAUUCAGCAUCUAUUUACUUCAUCCAUAAUGCAUUAAGUCAAAUCUGUUUAGCAUUAAUGCAUCUCUGUUGCUUGCCGUUUCCACAAAGCACUGAAAUCAAAUGAAGGAGAUAAACAAAAAGACAUUUAAGACGGAUCGAAAUGAAGAAUUAAUCAGGAGCACUUUAAUUUGAUGUGUUGAAUUAACUGAGUGUUCGGCGAGCACCAGCCCUCGUCGCUGCUGUUGCUAAACCUGUCGAGCUUUCCGUUCUCUGCAGAUGUACCACUUAAAAAUGAUUUGUGAUUUUUGAAACUACGGGCCCUUUAUUUCAGACAGAGGUAGAAAAAAAAGCAAGCUUCUCAUUUCUAUCCGGCAACUAUGUUCAACUGUCCGGAGCAGUUGCACAAGCAGAAGACGUAGAAGACACGGAAAUAAAGAAACAGCUUUGUUGUUGUUUGGCAGUGUUGAGCUAGUGAGGAACUAUGGAAUGCAACACUAUCUCGGAUAACUAGUUUGCUGGAGUUGCCCAAAUAUAAUAAAGAGCAGGACAUAGUUAAUUGCAAAUAUGUGAAAAUACUACACAGAGGUUUUUUUUUUAACGAAAAUUCAAACUGCCCAAAGUAAGAAAUUCUCCGAGGCCAACUUCUGUUGGUAGUACGCUAGUUAGCAGGCCAAGCUAUCGUGUACAGCUUACUUUAGAGCCUCAUGCAGUCUAUGGUUAGAGCAGAUAAACAUACCAUUUCUUUAUAGACAUUGUUCUGACUACAGCCCCGUGUGCAUCACUUCAACAUGUGCAAAAUGCAAAAUCUUGACAGCCCUGUCAUGCUAAGUUACCGUUGCUAAGCUAAGAUUGGACAACUGCUUUUUGGGAGAGGAGCUUAGCCGGUCAAUAUGGAUAUAGUUCUGUAACAUCACAAUUUCAGUUUUUAUUGUAUUUACUGGACAAACAGCAAAACCUUCUUAUCAUAAUCAUCCCUGCAAACAAACUGUACAACAGUUAAAAAUGACCUUUCACAAAUGCCACGUGCUGUCACUCCUCUUGUGUACAAGGCCUCGGUUGUAGCUCGAUGCCUCUUACUCGGUGCAUUAGAAUAUUAAUUCUAAGUGCAUUUCUUUGUUUUCUUUAUGUUCAGACAGCAGGAGUUGUUGCCAGCAUCAGAUGAGUAACAACAACUCACUCAUCAGCAUCGGAUUGUGAGAAUUUCUCAUGGGGUUAUUUUUGGAGAAUGGAGCUAUAUUUGAAAGUUCAUUUACUUUUGCUGAGCUGACGGAAAUUUGAAUGGUUAUUUUUGUAAACAUGUUUCCUAAAAUAAGGAUUGAAUGGAAACUCAAUUAUAGGAAGAAAUACCCUCGGGGCAUCACUUCACUGAAUUAAUACAAACACGAGAGUGCAGCUGGUGUGCUUGAGCUGACUGUGGUUUAUUGCUUUUUAUAGUGACAUUGAGAUUUCAGAUUUUUUUUACAUACAAACAGAAUACUUUUCUUUUCAGCUGGACGUACGUCGCUUCCACAUAUCUGCACUUGAUCUGAGAGACAUUUCAAAAGCAUUCGCUUCAGUCUUAUCAUGAAAGAGCACGCUGUGCGAUAAGCACUGUUGUUCAUUUGUGAACAGACUGGCCUGCUGGGGCCCACUCAGACGUGGUGAUUGGGUGGGACAGGAUAUUGAUUGACACAUUUGGGAGCUCCUGCCCAGCAGCUGUGAGCUGUUGUCCGAGGUAGACAGGCAGGUCACAGGGGGGGAGGGGGUUUGGGAGGGACUAGAAGGAGAAAGAAGGUGAUAGAGAAAGAGACAACAGGCUGGGAGAGAAAAGAAAAGAGGUGAAAGGGAGGAGGUAAGAGAGAUAGAGGAGGAGAGAAUGACUGGCCUGUCGAUGUUAUUGCGUACUCUACUUCCAACAAUCGAUCCUUUUCUCAGUGCCCAGUGAUCCCACUAUUGUGAGUCCACUAUUUCCACACUGCUGUUUGGAUCUAAAUUAUGGGAGUCUCAACUAUUUUUUUUUCUCUAACAAUUCACCCAAGGUUUCAUACCCGCUGAGAUCAGUUAUGGAACUAAAUGUGUAAAUGCGAUCUGAUAUCCACAGCACGAUUAGAUAUUCAGUUGUGGUCAACCUUCUCUGAAUGAUGAUUAUCACUGCCGUGACAGCCAAGGACCGUCCAUGUUUCUCUCCCUCUCUUUCUCUCUUUCUUUAUGUGUUCUCACUGAAGUACGGACAGGAAGUGUUUAACAGCGGGGGGCCGCUGUUCAGGUUCAGGAUCACACCACGCCCAGUCUCCCGCUUGGCCUGCCCUCAUUAGACAUGGGCCACAGAGCAUGUUCAGAUCAUGCUAAAAGCUUAUCUUCACAUGCUGAGGCAGUAUAGGGAGCAUGCUGGGCCUCAGACAGUAGAUGGACAGUCUGCACAUGAUGUUCGACAUUUUAUGUAGCACAUGUUUAAGUUGAUGGAGAAUUAUUUUCAACAAUUUUCUUACAGGCCUGAAAAGGUUUAAGUAUCCAGUAAGAAAAAAGCAAAAGUUAAAGCUGCUCUAAUCCCCAUUUUUAUGUUAACAAUGGUUCAAAUGUAAAGUGGAAAGGGGUCACUUGUAGUGACAAACCCACACAGAGUUAGUUAUGACAUACUGUGCAGUUCCCCUCAGCUCUACCGUGCAUUUUAGUGUCUUCUAACUGCUUGUUUUGGUCGCAUUAACUAUUGAUUCACUCUCAUCAAACUCAUUAACACAGACAAAGUUAGUGACCAGCUGGUGAACAUAGUGGAACAUUUAGCAGCUAAAGAUCCAGCUAUAUAGUUGGUGGAGACCAAAAAAGAGCUAUAAAGUGUGAACAUUGGACUUCUUCGCAUUGCUAACGUUGCUGCGUGUUUGCGUGAUGUGACAUUUUCCAUAUGAACUAUAUUAUAGUAUGUCAAUGUUGUGUUAGCAGCUUGUUGUGCUGCACUACUGCUUGAAAGGGACUAAAAUCAAUAUUUGUAUUUUACCAUAUGGAUCAAAUGACUAUUAGUAUGUAAAAGGUGUCCCUGUUUAUGAAGCCACAGAGAAUUACCAUCGGACUCUGCAGCUCAUUGUUUGCGUUUAAAGUGUGCCACUGUUUUUGUUCACACUUACCAAAUUUGUUUUUGGCCUCAGCUCGCAGCUGUUUCCAGGUCAAAAACAAGGCUAAAAGGAGAGCCAUACAUAUACUGUAGACUUUGCUAACUGGCUAAUUCUUUGUACAAUAGUGGAGAGUAAACUACAUCGUAUGUCCAUGCUCGCUCCAUGCGCUGGAGACUGGGGUCUCAUCUGGUUGACCACAUAAAGGCUGUACAAGGUCUUUUAAUUUUCACUCUAUUAUGUUUGUGGCAGAAAACCAUAACUCUUUUGGUAAUUGUCCAUUAUGGAGGGACAAGAGAGAAGGGAGACAGACGCAUCUGGUCUUAUUCAAUAGCCAAUCUCUUCUGUGUCAAGCAUGAAAACCUCAGACAUGUGCUCUCACACACACACACACACAGACACACAUCAUCACCAUGAACCUCAGUAUGAUUAAAGGGGUGUGACUUGGCAUAUUAAUACGUUCUUUCCUUUCCAUUAUUUAUGAGUACAUUUGAAUACUUAUCUCGAUCUAGGGCAGACAUGCAAAUGAAGCUGAGGUUAUUAGGUCCUCAUAGGCAGGAAAAGUAUGUUUCUUUUAAUUGUAAUAGUAUCUGUUUCUCAUCAUUAUAGGAUGAGAAGCGCAGACUCCCUUCUGGGAUUUAGGUAUUUUCAUUCCAGAAUCUUAUUCAUUUCUGCUGCAGUAUAUCAGGGCUUUGGAUGGGAUGAUGCAGAGAAAGUGUAAUACAGUUUGCAUGUGAGAAAAUACAGUUAGGAUGCAUUAGCAGCAGAACACAGGCAACAAAAUACUGUGGUUCAUCAUAGUAGAACAUUUGUUUAAUAAUGGGCUGUUAGACUGUUUGGCAGGGCUGCAGAUGGUUAAAUAUUAACGGCUGGUUUAUUUACAUUUUUCUGACUUCCCCAUCCACGCGUUCCUCUCCCCUCCUUUCUCCACCUUACCUCACCACUGAUUUACAGUGUUUCCACCUCCUCUUUUGGUUUCUCUCCCCUUCCCACUCCCUCCUCCUCCCACCCUGGGAUGACUUUGCCCUUGAGUGCUGGCUAACCCUUAAAACAUUAUUAUGGAAAUCAUUAAAAGUCACUGCGAACCAACAUCUUAAAGGACGACUUCUCCCUCCUCCCCUUUUCUCCCUUAGUCUCUCCCACAACUGGUGACUCUGGUUUCCGGGGAACCGGUUGGUACAGUGACGGUACAGGUACUCCAAGGGUUUGAUGGGUAAAUACAGACAUUAAGUAACCAGGCGACAGAGAAACUUGUACCUGAAGAAGGGACGUCAAUUUCCUCAUAGAUGCUAAUACAACUCGACAUUCUGAGAUGGAUAAGCGUCGUGUGACUGCCAGGAUGGCGGAAAAGCAGCUGUACUGGACAAGAGUGCUCGCAGAGAAGAAAGGCAAAGCUGACUGUUUCCAGUCCAAGAACGCUGAUGAGGCCUGCGUGGCGGUGAAAAUCGAACACUCCAGAGCUCUCGGCAGCAGCCCGGUGUGCGAGCGCAGCAACCCACCCAGUGUGCAGGCGUGUCUGAGUCGAGCGGGCGGUGGGACGACUGACAAGAGCAGGGGGGGGGUCAAUGGAAGAAGCUCUUGCUGCAGGCCCCGGCUGCUUUCUAAACCAACAGUGCCUCCAAAGCCGUCACAUCUCCAGAGCCCGGUGACGGAGGUCAAGUCCCCGCUGGGCCACAUCCAGAAAGCACCACUAAAACCGGGCAUGGAGGAGAGAGGAGGAGGAGGAGGAGGAGGAGAAGGGAGAGGAGCUGUGAACCGGGAGAAAGUCAGGGAGAAACACUCCAAAGUCUCAGACCUCAUCAACCGCUUUGAGGAGAACAGCGGCACAGAGAACAAGAGAGACAGCUCUCCGCUCAAACAGACCAGCAAGUCGUCCAACUGCAGCCCGGCUCACCGCGCCUACCAGAAGCAGACGGAGACCGCCGGCACUCAGGAGAACCACACCUCCGCACCCACCUCGCCGCAGGAUGCCCACGAACCGACGGCUAACGGGACGCUAGCUCAGAUGGAGCAGGACAAGGACAUGGUGGAUAUCCCGGAGACGAACAGUGACAGUGUGAGGAUAGAGACUGCUGAGCUGGUAAACGGUGAUUGCAGGAGCACAGAACAGACUGGUGAUCAUUCACCUCCACAAACAGACAGGACUGCUACAGAAAGCCACACUGAGAAGGAGGACAGUGGAACUGAAAUAGAAAGUGAGCAUAAGAACGAAGAAGGGAGCACCGACCACAAGGAGACAAAUGAACAGAAGCUGUUUAAGAUCGCCAGUGAGCUCUUGCACACAGAGAAGGCCUACGUAACGCGACUUAACCUGCUGGACCAGGUUUUCUGUGCUAAGCUCAUGGAGGAGGCAAAUAAAGGGACGUUCCCUGUGGACGUAGUGAAGAACAUCUUCUCCAACAUCAGCUCCAUCAAUGCCUUUCACAGCCAGUUUCUGCUUCCAGAUCUGGAGAAACGCAUGGGAGAAUGGGAGUCCACACCUCGCAUCGGAGACAUCCUGCAGAAACUCACACCCUUCCUCAAGAUGUACGCAGAGUACGUGAAGAAUUUCGAAAAUGCCAUGGAGCUGCUGAAACAGUGGACCGAUCGUUCGCCUCAAUUCAAGGCCAUCAUUCAGGAGAUACAGAGUCAAGAGGUCUGUGGCUUCCUGACGCUUCAGCACCACAUGUUGGAGCCCGUGCAGAGAGUCCCUCGCUAUGAGAUGCUGCUUAAAGACUAUCUGAAGAAGCUGCCUCAGGACGACCCUGAUCGACGAGAUUCAGAGAAAUCAUUAGAAAUUAUCGCCACAGCAGCUACUCACUCCAACAGCGCCAUUCGAAAAUCUGAGAAUCUGAAGAAACUGAUGGAGAUACACGAGAUGCUGGGUGAGGAGGAAGACAUUGUCAACCCCUCUAACGAGUUCAUCAAGGAGGGCCACAUCCUGAAGCUGGCGGCCAGGAACACCUCAGCCAUGGAGCGAUACCUCUUCCUGUUCAACAACAUGCUGUUGUACUGCGUGCCCAAAUUCAGUCUGGGGGGGACUAAGUACACGGUGAGGACGCGGAUCGGCAUCGACGGCAUGAAGGUCCUGGAAACGAGCAACGAGGACUACCCUCACACCUUCCAAGUGUCGGGGAAGGAGAGGAUGCUGGAGCUGCAGGCCAGCUCAGAGCAGGACAAGGCAGACUGGAUUAAGGCUUUCCAGGAGACCAUUGAGAUCUUCCAGCAGAAAAACGAGUCGUUCAAGAAUGCACUGAGAGAAGUGGACGAAGUGUCGAAUGCAGAGCUGGGGAAGCGUGCCCCUCGCUGGAUCCGCGACAAUGAAGUGACAAUGUGUAUGAAGUGCAGGGAGUCUUUCAAUGCUCUGACACGACGGAGGCACCACUGCAGAGCCUGCGGCUAUGUGGUGUGCUGGAAAUGUUCAGACAAUAAGGUUGCGCUUGAAUAUGAUGGCAACAAGGUGAACAAAGUCUGCAGAGACUGUCAUUCUAUCCUGAGUGGAAAAACGAGAUCCGAGGUCAAGAAGAAGGGCAUCCUGGAGAUCGAGGCGGCUCAGUUCACAGGCAGCAGCAUCAUGUGCGGCUUCCUGCAGUACUGUGAGAAGAACAAACCUUGGCAGAAGGUGUGGGGCGUUAUCCCCGAGAAGGAGAGUCUGGUGCUCUAUCUCUACGGCGCUCCGCAGGACGUGAAGGCCCAGUGUACUAUCCCCCUCCUGGGCUACAGUGUGGAUGACAGCGCUCGGCCCACAGACCCCCCUGCCAGCUUCCGCCUCUCCCAGUCCAAGUCCACCCACAACUUUGCUGCCGAUUCGGAGGAGCUCAAGCAGCGCUGGCUGAAAGUGAUUCGAGUGGCGGUGACGGGAGAGGUGCCCGAAUGCCCUCAGACCAACGGGGGCAAUGCCAACAUGACGGAAAACAACAACACACAAGAGGCGGGUACCGAUAGCUCAUAAGGGUGUGUUUUCUACAAGCCAACUGCUGCUUGGAUUGCUCGAGAAAGACGGGAUGUGCAGAUGCACACUCUCCAUGCUGUCCUUGAACCUUAAAGACAAGUGGAAAAAGAAAAUCUGUGCUGGAUAAGCUGCCCUUCCUUGCCACUCUCCUGUUUCCCAUUUGGUCUCCUGGAUUUUCUCAUAAACCCACAUAAAGAACUUCUAAUUCACUGCUAGAGCUGUGCUGGAUUACUAAAGGACGUGUCCGGUGCUAUCAACACUAGAGCAGAGGGGCCUCAGGACUGAUCAACUUCCCUCAAACAGGCUCCAUUAAGGACAGCUCAAAGUCUAUAAAGACUUUGACUCUGUGUCAGCUCCUCUUGAGCUAGUGGAUACCACAGCCGUACACAGCGCCCUAUACAGGAUGUGAAUCAAAGCGAAAGGACGGUCCGAAUUUAGUCUGCUGGUGCUGUAACGCAACUCUGCGUACCCCUGUACAGUAUAAAUGUUUCCUUUUCAAAAAGGAACAUUUGUGUUUUUAUGUACAGAAAUCAAUCCCAGACUUUGUUUUGAUAACAUAGAAAACAUCUAAGUAUGAUAUAAAGUAUUUACAGUAUGUUGGCCGUUCAUCGCUUGAGGAGAUGUUUCCAAAACUGUGAAAGGUAAUCAUGUGGUUGAAUAAUGACGGUCUCCGUCUCUCAUCCCUCAGUGAAACGUCAUCAUCUGUCUAAUGCUUUUCAAACUCUGGAUGCACAUUGGCUGAUCUGUCUGCUUUGCAAUUGGUUGCACCUGUUGUAGUGUGUAUUCUAUGAAGCAAAGGAACUAGUUUGCUAAUCAAACAAGUUUUAAAUACAGUUUAAGUUCUUUUUUAUAUUUAAUCCAGAAAAACAGUCAACAUCGAAGCUGCAGAGGCUAAGAUAUCCUCCAAGUAAAAAAAAAAAAACAAGCUUAAGCACACUGGAGCCUACAAUUCCCAUAAUGCAACUCUCCAGCAACUUACAUGAGGCCUUCCCAGCCAGUUAAAUGCUGAAGUUUUGACAGAUCUACAAAGCCUAAAUCAAGAUAACCCUGAUGACAUCAUAGUGACAUCAUCCAACUGUUUCCUCAGCUUGAGCAGCACUCUCCAUGACAAGUAAAGGUAUAAUGCCACAAAUCGCUAUGCUCUAACAAUGUGUAUUGUCAUACAUUUCCCAAAUCUAUGGCCCGGACAGUGCUGUUUGUAUUAAAAUAGCGCGCUGAAAUCGGGUGUAUUCUAUAUAGCAUAAUAACAGAUGGAUGAUAGUUGUUCAUAUGCAAAGCUGAGGAGGAUGAAAGUAAAUGCUUGACGAUCUACAGGACAUUCAUGACAUUCGAUCCAUGUAGAAGGAAGAUGAACAGGGGCCAUCAGGUUUUCUAUUUAAUGCCAACGCAGAACAAUCCGAUUAAGCAAGCUGGUGCGAGAAAUGUCAAUGUUUUUAAUGCUGUAAUUAAUUUUAUUAUUUAAAGUAAUUUAUAGAGUAUGAUGAGCAUGAUCUGUUAAAGAGUAGCACAAAUUUGUUCCCCGACUGUCAACUAAGAAGCGCAGUAGGUAGAUCUUUUCUUUCUGAGAGCAGAUGUUCCACUAACCCAUCAUCGGUUCUUCAGUGUGACAGCGACACACAUGGUUGUUUGCAGAGUUUCCCCCUGUGCUCAAUCCUUGCCCGAGUCUCACCCCUCUCAAUGCGUUCCCUCAAAUACUCAAAUAAAAAACAAGAGCACAAAACCUACCCAUCUGUAAGAUCUGAAUGUAUAUCCAGUUUUUUUUAUGCCCCCCCCCUCAAACGUUUGAGAAUCUACGCACUUUACAGUCUUAUAAAGUGUACCUUAAAAGAAAAUAAAACGAUUAAAUACUCUAUGGAGA